UAUCUUUUUACUGAGUUCUGCAGCAAAUGCCAGAUACAACAUGGCGGGUGCCUCUCAAGGAUCUGGUGUUGGAACACGGCCUUACAGAGUUCAGGAGUACAACUACGUGGUUCCCAGAAAUUUCACACUUUUAGAUGAGCUUGAAGCUGGCCAGAAAGGAGUUGGAGAUGGAACAAUCAGCUGGGGACUUGUUGAUGAUGGUGACAUGACAAUGACAGACUGGCAAUGCGUUAUUAUUGGACCCCCAAAGACAAGUUUUGAAAACAGAAUGUAUCAACUCCGAGUCAAAUGUGGAGAAAGCUAUCCUCACAAAUCUCCAGAAGUUAGAUUUAUCACUCGUAUUAACAUGACAUGUGUCAACAAGGAAAAUGGGACUGUUGAUCCAAGAAAAGUAGAAAGCCUAUGGUCUCAUAAAAAUUGUAGUAUAAAGGCAUUGUUACAGCACAUAAGAGAAAUGAUGAUGAUGAAAGAAAAUCGUCUUGCACAACCAGCAGAAGGAACAACUUUCUAGAUAAUAGUCACUUAGAUUUCAAGUUGAUGAAAUUUGAAAGAAACUGUCAAAUGAACAUCUGACUAGGGUGCCAACCAUUUCUGCAAUUUGGGGUCUUUUUGGCAUUUUAGUGCUUACAUAGACCUUUUCUUCCCCAUACAUUUGUUUUACAUUAUGAUUUUUUUAGACAUUCAUGGCUUCCUUCUAAUGUUUCUGAUUUUUAGUUAAAAUUAAUUUAAUAACCAAUAUUUUUUUUUUGAGUAGUUUGCAUUCAUGGCAUCCUUAAAAUAUUUACUAUAAAGAUAAAUUUAACUUUCUACUUGCAUUCCGAUAUAAUUGAAAAAAAAAUCAACUUAUGAUUAUUUAUAAAUAUAUAAAAAAUUACUGAGCAAGGAUUGUUUUUGAGGACAAAAUAAUGAUAUUCUAUUGAAAAUAACAAUUCAUUCAAAUUACUUUUGCAUAUGCAAUACACAAGCUGUAUUUUAAAACUAUUUAUUUUCAAAACUAAUUGCUUCAUUCAGUGUUUAUGAUAAAUUAAAUUUACACUUUCUGUUGCCUUUUUUCCUCUUUGUAAAAUGCUGUAAAUAAGUUUACGAGUUUUAACAAGAAUUUGUUGACCAGUGUGAAUGAUUACAGAAAUAUUCAACUUCAAACCUGAAAAAUUCUGAUACUUUUACAGUUUGAGACUUAUUCCUAGUAAUCUUUUAAAAUUGUUCACUCACAUAGUUAGGAUUUGUAUUAUUAAAAUGUUAAUGGCAUAGUAUCAAAACUAUAGCCAAUUUUAAAAUUUAAUGAGUAUGACUGUAUGGUGGUGUUGAGAAUGAGAGUUCAGUGGGAUAGCAUUUUUUUUUUAAGUGAAUGUUUUGGUUUUACAAAUGUCAAUGGAAUUCUCACUUUAAAUAAAUUGCUGUUUAGUGCCUAGUUCAUUUCAAGGAAUUAUUCAUAGUAAUAAUGUUCUAACAGUAACAUUGAUUGAUUGUGUUUUUUUGAGUCAUAUUUUUCAAUCAGCUAAUUAGAACCAUCAAUUUUUUUGUUAACUUUAUUUAUAGUUAGUUGCAACAUAAGCAGAAUUUUAAAAAGUUAUUCAUUGCCAUGUCAUUUGAGUAAAAUAGACAGCUUGUAAUGGCAAUACCUGAGUCAGAUGUUCACUCUUCUGGUACAACAAGAGAAACAAUGCAGACAAGGUUACAUCUGAGUAUAUGACCAUUGAAAUUUUCUGUACUUCCCCCUUUGUUAUGGCUAUUUUUCAUUUAACUUUAUUUUAGCCUGCAUGUGAAUACGUAUAAAAGAUUGACUGAGACAUUUUCUUGUACAAUACGUAACAAGCUACAAGUUGUUUGCACGUUUUAUGUAUCAAUAAAUCAUUUAAUACUAGCGUGAC